AUGAACCGAAAUUUCAAGCAAUAUGGUUCAAGCAAGCGGUUUAAAGGCAGAAAUGAAUAUGGCCCAGCAAGCGGUGUGUAUUCGAAUCCGAUCCACAAAGUGAGGAAUCAUCUUCCGCAAGAACAUUUUUUUUCGAGAGCAACGCCGUCGUCUACUGGGUACAGUUAUCUAACUCCCGAUUGGUUGGAGACAGUUCACAGCAAAACAAAUCCACAGCACUCGCGAGACAAGAAAUAUAUCAGAAGAUAUCGAGAACCUGAAUCAUUGCCGUCAACUAGUUAUGAUCAUUAUGCGUACGGUCAUACACAACAUCAUUCUGAUUUUUUGGAAGUCGGUCUAGAAGACUAUCCGAAAGACCGAGAGGAAGCUUGCUUGGUUCAACAAAUAGAAGUUCUGCAACGCGAAAUUGACAACAUCGAUUCGAUGCGAGAACCAAAACGGGAGGUGAUUAAUAACUAUCUACCUGAAUAUUCUCAACAACUUUAUUCACGGAGAUCUCCCAUAAUGAAGACUGAACGAAACGACUACUAUGAAAUUCAUCAACGACAUUCAUCAACGCGAUUCCCGGGCAAUCAUUCAACUAAUCAUUCAACACUGCCUCGUUUAAUGGAUCUAGAAAUUGCAGCAAAUUCUCGCAGAACUAUUCCUCGAACUAUCACCGAACGAUUCUCGCGUAAAAGAACAUUUCGUUCUGCGCAAGGUCCUUACGAAAAAAGAAGGGAGCCUCGUGAAAAAGUGACACGGCAUUACGCAGACAGGAAUCGUCCCAAAAAAAGUAAAGCGCCACAAAAAAAUGAUGAGGAUUUGAAAGAUUUCGCAAGUCCUUCUCAUUUGGAAGAAAUCUCAGAAAACGAGGAAGAACUCUCACUGAUUGGGCUAAAAACAGCUCAUACUGCCGUUCAGAGAUGGAUUGCUGAUGAUUGCUUUCCACAACAAAUACGACAUUUGAUCAGCGAAGAAUCUAGCGAAACUCUGGGAAAGACAAAUGGGUCUGACGAUGACUGCUUAUUCUUCACUGCGACUGAAAAUGCCGAUAAUAUCUCUUUGAACCUAUCGGAAGAAUUGAAAGAGUCCCUUCUCCUGGAUUUUCAUAACAUUGCAAACUCCACGAUCGAAAGU